GCAUGCAGGAAAAGAGAGAGGCAGAGGGUGAGAGUGGCAGUGCCGAAAACAGAGGACAGAGAAUCAGCGACUGUAGUGCAUAAAUUCGGGGUCUGACUGCGGUUCACUACGCAACCUUUCUUUCUUCGAGUUGUUCAAGGCGCAUGCUCAGAUUUAGUGGCAGUGCAGUUGUUUGACACAGGAGCAUAUAUCAGUGAAGCCUAAAGAUGACUACUUCAUGGAGUGACCGACUUCAGAAUUACGCAGACCUUCCUGCCAACAUGGACAGAAUGACAAUGAAAAAAUACAGACGAGAGCCCUACCAUAGAGUGUUUGUCAACAGAAGCUUGGCAAUGGAGAAGAUUAAGUGCUUUGGCUUUGAUAUGGAUUACACUUUGGCAGUGUAUAAAUCACCAGAAUAUGAGUCGCUUGGAUUUGAGCUGACAGUGGAGCGUCUGGUUUCCAUCGGUUAUCCCCAGGAGCUGUUCAGCUUCGUCUACGAUCCAUCCUUUCCUACCAGGGGCCUUGUUUUUGACACCAUGUAUGGGAACCUGUUGAAGGUUGACGCCUACGGUAAUAUUCUGGUCUGCGUCCACGGAUUCAACUUCCUCAGAGGCCCCGAGAUCCGUGAGCGCUACCCAAACAAGUUCAUCCAAAGGGAUGAUACUGAGCGCUUUUAUAUUCUUAACACACUCUUUAACCUGCCGGAGACGUACCUCUUUGCAUGUUUAGUGGAUUUCUUCUCCAACUGUGAUAGAUACACAAGCUGCGAGACUGGCUUUAAGGACGGUGACCUUUUCAUGUCUUACAAGAGCAUGUUCCAGGAUGUCCGCGAUGCGGUUGACUGGGUCCACUUUAAGGGAACAUUAAAGGAGAAAACUGUGGAAAACCUCGAGAAGUAUGUUGUGAAAGAUGGAAAGUUGCCUCUCCUGCUCAGCCGGAUGAAUGAAGUUGCCAAAGUGUUUUUGGCUACCAACAGUGAUUACAAGUACACUGAUAAAAUCAUGACCUACCUGUUUGACUUCCCGCAUGGUCCAAAGCCUGGUACUUCACACAGACCAUGGCAGUCUUACUUUGACCUCAUCUUAGUGGAUGCCAGAAAGCCGCUGUUCUUCGGUGAAGGGACGGUCCUUCGACAAGUGGACACGACCACAGGUCGACUCAAGAUUGGCACCUACACAGGACCCCUGCAGCAUGGAAUCGUCUACUCCGGAGGCUCCUCAGACAUUGUGUGCGACUUGCUCGGGGCCAAAGGCAAGGAUAUUGUGUACAUUGGAGACCAUAUUUUUGGAGACAUACUCAAGUCCAAGAAACGCCAAGGGUGGAGGACGUUCCUAGUUAUUCCUGAACUCGCCCAAGAGCUGCACGUGUGGACCGACAAGAGUUCUUUGUUUGAGGAACUGCAAGGUCUGGACAUUUUCUUGGCAGAACUAUACAAGCAUCUGGACAGCAGCAGCAACGAAAGGCCUGAUAUCAGCACUAUUCAGAGAAGAGUCAAGAAAGUCACCCAUGACAUGGACAUGUGCUACGGCAUGAUGGGCAGCCUUUUCCGCAGCGGCUCCAGGCAGACUCUGUUUGCCUCCCAAGUGAUGCGAUACGCAGAUCUCUACGCAGCUUCCUUCAUCAACCUGCUCUAUUAUCCGUUCAGCUACCUCUUCAGAGCUGCACAUGUACUUAUGCCCCACGAGUCGACGGUGGAGCACACGCACGUGGACAUUGCCGCAGAGUCGCCGAUGGCCACACGCAACCGCAACCACUGUAGCGACUGCAAAGAACUGGAAUGCAAACGCAACCAGUUGACCCGCUCAUUCAGUGAGAUCAAGCCUCCCAACCUGUUCCCUCAGACACCGCAGGAGAUCACCCACUGCCACGAUGAAGAUGAUGAUGAGGAGGAGGAAGAAGAAGAGGAGUAAAAAUGGAAAAACUCCUUUUAGCCAUGUAGAGGAUACUAGUUUGAGGCUAAAUGGAAAAUCAUUCGCUGUAUGUGUGUGAGUGAGAGACAAAACUGAGUAUAUACUGUAUGGGUGUGUCAAUACACGACAUUUAGAAUAAAAGUGUGACAGAACAGCAGACAAAUUGGAUCACGGGACCGUCAGGCGGAUUCACGCAUGAUGGCUCCUUAAAAACAAAACAUUUGUAUUUUUUUUCCAAUCGAUUUGAUUUGAAUUUUCGGUCCUUGUCAGUAGAUUGAAGACACUCCUCUCCACUGAGGUUUAGUGACCUUUUCAGGCCAUACUGUAAGCUGGCUUGAACCAUGAUAUGGUAUACACAAAACAAUGACGUGAAUGUUACGUGUCAAGUGUCAAUCACUUGAACCGUAAUGACUUUAUUUUUCUUCUAAGCAAAAUGGGAACAGUGUGCUUUAUGUUGGUUUGGUUUUUUGUUGUUGUUGACAUUUUUGCCAUCUGGUUUCUGCGGCUCACGCAGAUUUGACCUUACUAAACUGAAAAAAGGCCUAAUAGUUUCUCUGUCAAAUGGUUACCAAGCAACAAUGAGGACACUACUGUAUUACAUGCGGAUAGUCGCCAUGAAAACAGUGGAGUGCCGCUUCUGUAAAUAGCUGUCCAGUGUAAAACGACUGAAGAAGCACAGGAGCAGUAUUUUUUCAUAGGAAAAUAAAACAUAAAUGUUACAUUUAUUUUUUUGACAGUUCGGUGAAGUGUGAAGUUUGUCACUCUGUCACUUAAGUAUCCAUAUGCAAAGGGCAUGCAAAGCGUUCUGGGAUUUCUAAAGCUGACGGUAGUGAUGCAGAGCCCAAAUUUUAAAUUGAAGUACUGGAAAAGUUGAACUUGUUUUCCUUCUUUUUGUUGACUUUACAGCUGCUUGCCUCUUUUGUUCCAGACACGCAAUGUUUGCCAAUACAGCGUAACUGUUAAAAGCUAUCUCAUUUCCAUCUUUUUUUUAUUUAUUACAAUAGGUGGGGUUUGUUUUCUUUUUACAAAUGGAAGAUUUGUAUUUUCUAAUCUGUCUUUAACAUUACACGGAAGUACAGUAUUUGUAAAAGCAAAGGGUGGCAGUUGUGUAACUUCAACAUAUGCUCGUGAAAAAGUAAGAGCUCGCUCAUUUUUAAAGUGUAUGUUGACUGUAAGCAUUUUAAGAAUGUGUUCACUGUGGUUUACACAACAAAAUUGUUAACCCAUGCUGGAACUGAAGAAAAAAAGAAAAUAUGAAGAAUACAUUAAAAUCUAACUAAAUGUUAUCAACAAAUUUGGGGUUAUUAUUUUUCUAAACUAGUGUUUUAAAGGGUCUCUGUUUACAUAAUUGUAAAUGGAAUGUUGUAUUACUGCCUCUUGUUCAUUGUUAACCACAACAUACGCGGGCUAUUGGUAAUUAGUUGACUCAAGCCAAUUGUUGAAUUGAGAUGUUGUUAUUCUUCUGUCACAUUGCCCUGAAUGCAUCCUUGUUUGCAGUGUGUCUUCAGUGGUAACAUUUUCUAAACCAUGGUUGUCUUUCAUUUUCUAUGCAUAACAUGUUAUGUUCAUCUUUCCUUUAUAACCAGAUGUACCUGGAGUUUGUACACUGAAGGAAAUGACUUACAAAUGUACAAUAAAGAUAGUUUUUCAUA